ACGCUUGUUUCACACUGUCCUGCAGUUUCUGCCUCGCAGAAACAUAUUUAUUGCGCCUUGAAGGCUCUGUCACGCACAUGUAAAAAAAUGAAGUCCAUGUUUUUGUUGUGUUUCAUCGUUUGGUUUGCAGACGCAGAGCUAAAACCCCGGAAAGGGUCCGGGGUGGUAUGUACUUUCAAAGACAAGACAUACAGCCCAGGAGACAGCUGGCAUCCCUAUCUGGAGCCCAUCGGAUUCAUGUUCUGCAUGCGCUGUGUCUGCACAGAGACAGGCCAUGUGAAAUGUAACACAAUCAAGUGUCCUGCUCUGCCAUGUGAAAACCCUGUAGCUGAGCCUCAGCAGUGUUGUCCAAGAUGCACAGAUGAGCCCAGGAUCCCUGCAGGGCUGAGAGCUUCAGUGAAGUCCUGCAGGUAUAAUGGAAGUAUUUACCAGCCAGGGGAGACCUUCACCAAGCACGACCUCUUCCCAUCCAAGCAAAGCAAUCAGUGUGUUAUGUGCACAUGCUCUAAUGGGAACAUCUUCUGCGCUCUGAAAACAUGCCAACCAAUCACCUGUUUCUCACCAGUCUCAGUUCCAGAUACCUGCUGUUUGGUGUGUAAAGAUUAUGGCACCAGUGGGUCCUCAUCAACUGAGGAUGGAAAUCAACAACUGUACAGAGGCGUGAGGCAUUCAGUGGACCAGUGUUCUGGAGAGCAGAGCAGGGGGCGGUCUGACCGGGCCACUCCACCCAGGGUCAGAACAUCCCCUAGAGGCCUGAGCCUCAGUAAACUUAACCUCAAAGGGGCUUCGGAGACUACUGUGAAGAUUUUGUUGCAGAGGAAACACCAAAGAGCAUGUUUAUACAAUGGCAAGACGUACUCUCAUGGAGACAUGUGGCACCCAGUUUUGGGGAAGGUCCUGGAAUGCAUCCUGUGCACUUGUACUGAUGGCCUCCAGGACUGCAAGCGCAUCACAUGCCCUAGCCAGUACCCUUGCCAACAUCCUAUGAAAUCAGUGGGAAAGUGCUGCAAGACUUGUCCAGAAAGUAAAGCUGAAAGUAACCAGACCCAGUGUUAUCUCGGAUAUAAAAAUAACCUCUUGGUGUAUAAAGUUGAAUCAUCUUUGAAAGUUGACCCUCCCAACACAGUUAGGGUCAUUGCUAUUGAAAGACAAAGUACUGCUGAGGUUGAAGUGCAAGUAUGGAAGGCUGUAGAAGGUACUGUAACUACUGGUCUUUUACAGUUAAUGGAAAUUGGGGAUGUUCAAAGAAAAGAUAUUAUGGAUCAUCCAGAGAAUUACACAUUACUUACAACACUUGAUGAAGACACUUGGAGAAAAUUUAAAGAGGAGGGAGACAAUCUGAGUAAAGCAUCUCAGACCACAAUUUGUGAAGACGGCAUUCGGGAGAUGGUGACUUUCCUCAAUCCCAAGCACAUUGAAGACCUGUGUUCACCCUAAUAGUUUUUCCUCCUUUGACACUCUUUAUAUACUGAAUAACUACAUGGUACAUACUUUAUUCAUACAUGUUGCAAUUGGAUGUCCCGCGUGAUUCCUGUAAUUCAAGUAGAACUUCUCAUUUAUAUUGUUUAUCAAUUUAUACAUUGUUGUCCAUCAUGUUUUAAUCCUCACAUAUUUAUAUUUGUAAAUUAUUAGAUUACAAAACAGGCAGUAGCAGUUUUUGAUAACUGCCAUGGCCAUAAACUGGCAGAUAGUUCUGCCUCCUGUCAUGAUUCAAACAUUAUUAGAUUGGGUGGAUUUAGGAUGAAAGAUCUAAACAAAAUGUGACAAGGGUAAAUGUGAAUGUGGAGUGUAAAAAUGGUCAGAGCUGGCUGCGUUGACUCAAUGAUGUUAAUAUGUGCAUCUAUUGAAUUAUUGAGGUAGUAUCAGUAUUUCUUAAACAAGCGCUUUGCUUUAAACAUAUGAAGAUAAUUUGUGUUAGAAUAUGUUGGGAAAAGGGCCACGCUCUGGUCAGAAUGUUAAGGUUUUUUCAAGGAUGCUAUAUGAUUAUCAUAUUUAUUGUAAAUACAAAUUGAGGUUUUGUCACCUUAUUUAAAGUGUAUUGGUUCUUGUAUGAUCUCUGUGUACAUACAUUUGACUGAAUGUUUUUUGCAUAUAAGUAGCAAGAGGCAUUGGGGUUAAAUCUGCCAGUGAAUGCACAGCUGUGUCAGCUGUGUAUUUGUUAGUGUGAAAACAGCCUACACAAUUCUUUCUGAUGUCAAAAUAUAGACCUACUGUAGCUAUUUUUAUGCAGCCACAGGUUUUUUUUUAAACAUUUUAUAAACGCCACAUACCAGAAAUAUUUGUAUUUUAAAGUGGUCAUAGUUGAUGUAGCUGAAUGCACUCUGUACCUCUGCUCACAAUUGUAACCCAUAAAGGUUUUGCAGUGUUUUACACCAGU